CAGCAGCAGCAGCAGCAGCCAAAGGAGGAAGGAGGAGGAGGCGCGCAGUUGGCCAAGGCGGCCCUCCCUCUCUCCCUGGGCGAGGGACACUCGGGGGACAGGGUUUGGGGGUCCCCAGGGCCACCCCCGGCCCCGAUCCCGGCCUCCCCGGCUGCCCCCUCCAUUGCAUUGCAUUGCAUUGCAUUGCACGCCUUGCAAGAGCCCUCUUUGCUUCUGCAAAGCCAGCAAGAGAAGGCUCCCUCUUUGCAAAGUCCAGCAAGGAAGAGGGCUUUAGGUUUUGUGGGUGUCUCAUUGCAAGAGGAUCGGGGACCCCCAACUCGGAUGGCCCUGGGAGCAGCCUCCCAACAGGUGCCAGUGCGGUGUGAAGACGGGGCUCUCUACCCGGCCCCAGAGCGGUGGAGAGCCUGGGCGGCGCAUGCGGACACCAUGCGGGAGAACUUCAGCACCACCCUCGCUCUGGGGUCCCCGGUUGCCAAACCCGAAAUGGUAGCCCAGAUUGAGGAAGAAAGGCCACUUCCGGCCAAGGGCCAGGGUGAAGCCAAGGCGAGGGAGAUGCCUGGUUGUGCUGGUGCAGGAUGUGUCCCUCCAGAGACAGGGAGCCAUGCCAAGAAGGAGCAGCCACCGCCGCAGCAGCUGCAAGUGGACCAGCGAGGGAUGGCAGAACCAAAGCAGCCAGAGAGGAGCUGCCCAGGUGAGUGGCUGAUCCGGACGGUGAAGGUGGAGGCCGAGGACUAUUCGGAGUGGCCAGCCGGCCUGAGUGCAGAGGUGCUGUUCCAGGGCCUGCCUGCUGGGGGCGUCUGUAAGGCAGAGGGCCUGAACCCCCGGCAGGACUACCAAGGCACUUGCGGCCUGGGCGAGCUCUCAGGGCUGGCACUCCAGCAAUGGCAGAUGCUGAACGAGGAGAAACCCCUGGCCUGCCCCAAGUGCGAGCAUCCUGGAGCCCCCCUGAGUGGCAGCAGUGGUGGCCCCGAAGACCCCCGUCCUCGGCCCUUUGGCUGCCCUCAAUGCGGCAAGGCCUUUGGCAAGAAGGCCCACCUGACCCGCCACGCUCGCAUCCACACCGGCGAGCGCCCCUUUGCCUGCUCCCACUGUGGCCGCCGCUUCUCGCAGAAGAUCCACUUGGGCUCCCAUGAGCGUGUGCACACAGGGGAGCGGCCCUUCCCAUGCGACCGCUGCCCCAAGAGCUUCCGGAAGAAGACGCACCUGGUGCGUCACCAGCUCACACACACCGGGGAGCGCCCCCACGCUUGCCUCCUCUGCACCCGCAGCUUUGUGCACCGCCGGCACCUCCUGCGCCACCAGCGCCUGCACGAGGAGGGACCCAUGCCAGAGGGGGCCCGUUUGGAAACAGGGCAAGCCCAGGGGAGCUGUGUGGGGGACCUCCAGCCGCAAACAGAUGCUGGUCUCCGUGGGAACCCCAGUGAACCAGGGCAGGCCAUGGCUACUUCCGUCGAACUAGGGCCGGCCACAACCUCCUGCAGGGACCCAAGUGACCUGGGACCGACUGCUGUGUUGUACCGGGAGCCGCCUGGACUGGUUCCAUUCUCCCCCUCCUGCAUGGGGCAUACAGACACAUACCAGGGCUCUGUUGUUUUCAAAGCUCCAGUUGAGCAGGAUCCGGUCAGGGUCCCAUGCGUCGAGCAUAAUGUCCACAGAGAGGUAACAGCGCUUGGGCUUCCCUACCAAGAGCAAGGACAGUGUGGAGCUCUCUGUGGGACACAGGGGGUGGCAGAGGGGGGCACCCUGAACCUGGAGCCAGUCAGCAAAACCGAACCAGAAGAGGACCCUGACCCUGCCUGCCAGCAGCCCGAAGUGAAGCCAUUCCUUUGCUCGGACUGUGGGAAGGCCUUCGCCUGGCGGAAGAACCUGGCCUCCCACCAGCGGCUCCACAUCGAGGGAGGACGUCCCUUUUCAUGCGCGGAGUGCGGUCGGGGCUUCAGCGACAAACGGCACCUCACGGCGCACUUGCGCGGGCACAUGGGGCUGUUGCCAUACGCCUGUCCACACUGUGAAAGGAGCUUUGCCCACCGGGCCAGCCUAGCCUCCCACCAGUGUGGGGGCCACACUGGGCAGCGCCCCUUCUCUUGCACCGAGUGUGGGCGCUGCUUCGCCCACAAGCGGCACCUGCAGCGGCACCGGCGUAACCAGCACUCGGCCGAGCGACCUUUCUCUUGUGCACAGUGUGGCCGCACAUUCAGUACCCGGGCCAGCUUACUGGCACACGUCAAGUCUCAUGCUGGUCAGCGCCCCUUCGCUUGCCCACUGUGUGGCCGGGCGUUCAGCCGAAAGUCCCACCUGGCCCGACAUGAAGCAGUCCACACAGGGUUGCGUCCGCAUGCCUGCACCCAGUGCCCACGACGCUUCAGCUCCAAGACCAAUUUGGUGCGGCACCAGGCCGUCCACACCGGUUUGCGGCCAUACAUCUGCACCCACUGCGCCCGGAGUUUCAGCCGCAAGACCCACCUCUUGCGCCAUGAGCGGACGCACACCACUAUGGCCCCCCUGACCAGUGCCACGGGUUGGGCGGUCACUGCCCUGCCGCAGGGCUCCCUGCCCAUCCAAGCCCAGUCAGAACAGCCCCUGAUCUUCCCUGUGGCUUUUGACUCUGCGUGGCAGUGACAAAAUGGCUGUGUGUAUGCGCUCUUGACAAGCAUCAACACAGUGUGUACUCUCUGAGUUAGAAAAAACCCUAACCAAUUCACACACUCCCUAAAAAGUGGAAUUUGAUGCCCAGAAAUCUGGACAAGAUGCAAAUCAAGCCUUUUCUUCUUUUCCAUUAUUCUGAAAAGUACAACUUUUAACUAAGGCAACAAAAUGAAGGGAAACUGAACCUAGCAUAAUUUAUUUUACUGUUGCUACUACAAACAACAAAUGUUCCCCCCACAAAUUCCCCCAGAACCUUGGAUUUGUGGGUGCAAUAUGAGAAAUGUUAGGAUAUGCUGUGUAUCAAGAAAUACAGACCUGAGUGCAUUCGCCUGCUAUCUAGAUUUUAUUGGACAUAAGCAGUAUCCUCAGUUUUAAACAAUAACGAGACUGUUUUUAACAGUGAACAAGUCAUUUUAGCAGAGCUUUGUCAGGUGAAUGUAAAUUACAUUUUGUGAAACCCUCUCUGAUGUAAACAAGAAUAAAUUGACUAAAUUCUGCCUCAGGCCCUCAUUUUUUCUUGUUGCAGGGCUGGAAAUGUCCUACCAGGCCUCAAGAACCUCUUUUCUCUUGUUAUUCCUAUAGUUUUUAAGCCACUGUGCAAAGUUUAAAAAACAGCAUUGACAAAUACUUCAUUAAACUUGAAAAACGUGGAUUUGGAAGACUACAAAACUCAUACAUGAUUUUAUUUCUGAUCUAGGUAUUAAUCCCAUUCUUUGCAGUUUGCUGUUGAGAUGCAAUGGCAGCUCAUGGAAUGCACUACAGCUAGCGGCAAAAGGACCUCAUUGCACUACUACAGUCAAUGGGAUCGUCAAUACCUUACUUGACAUCAUCAAUUUAGAUCCUUUUAGUCAAUAUCCAUUGUUAAUAUUGUGUGUGUGUGUGUGUGUGCCUCUAAGUUGCAUUUCAUGGGGUUUUCUUAGGCAAGGAAUUCUCAGAGGUGGUUUUGCCAGUUCCUUCUUCCAAAAUAUCGCCUACAGCACCCGAUAUUGAUUAACUCAAGUCAAUUUAACUUCAGUUAAGGUCAACAUGUACAUCUAAAUUAAAUUAUAAUUGAGGUACAGGGGCAAAAUGUAUGGCUACAAGGGGCAGAAUGAAGGCAUUGCCUCCAAAAUAAGGAUGGAACAAAGUUUGUGUACACUGAACCAUCCAAAAAACAGAGGCGUCACUAUCUCAGCCACUCAUGGAAAAAAGUUUGGGGUUGGGAAUAUUUUGGAUUUCCUAAGUCUGGGUAAGGGAGACCCAACCUUUUACAGGCAAGAAAAUACACAGCAAAUAGAAGACAUGUUUAAUUUGGUGGGCAAUGCCUUCAUUUUCCCUCCCAUGCUCUAAUGAGCAAAAGGAGUUUUAUUUCAUAAUAAUGAGUUCUUGUUUUUAAAAAUGGAACAAUAGUUAAUGAACAAUUGAUUUUUUAAUUAUUUUCAGCUAAUUUUAAUGUAUUUUGCCUAUUUUCUGAAAUAAAAGUUUGUAAAGAAACGUA